AAAAAUUUUUGAGGAAAAACUUUAAAUAAAUAAAUACUGUACUUUGGUACAUAAGCGAAAGUUUUUUGAGUAAUGAACAAUACUAUACGUGCAGCAAUCUACGAUGUUUCGUUCUCUGAAACAGCUGAUAGGGCUGCCAUCUUGUCAUUCAAUUAUGUUUACAUUUGCGUCACAUUGGCGCGAAUCGUUCAAGAUCGAUUUCUCUCUGCAUAUAAUGAAACGGGCUAAGGUGACUAAGGCAGGUCCAUCUAAGAAGGUCGCCAAAAAGCAAGAUGGCAGCCCCAAGAAAGACGCCACAAGUGAACAAGAGAGCAGUGAUGCGGAGGCUUCCACAUCGAAGUCUUCGCUGGCUUCCAAGCCGGAUUACCAAAACUUCGAGCAGUUCCUAACACACCUGGACCACCAGCGAUCCUGCGCGGCAUCGAACAUUAAAGAUUUCUCUUUUAGGAAGAAAAGGGUGCGCGUCCUGUCGAAAACCGAUGAUGUAAAAGAAUCUUGCCAAGGAGGCAUCGUCUAUUGGAUGUCCCGCGAUGGUCGUGUUCAGGACAAUUGGGCGCUACUCUUCGCCCAGCGUUUGGCUCUCAAAUUAGACUUGCCGCUGUCAGUGGUCUUUUGUCUAGUUCCCAAAUUCCUGAAUGCCACCAUCCGACACUACAAAUUUAUGAUGGGGGGCUUGCAGGAGGUGGAACAGCAGUGCCGUUCUUUAGAUAUACCCUUUCACUUGCUAAUGGGCCCCGCUGUGGAAAAGCUGCCGGAAUUUGUUAAAUCUAAAGACAUAGGAGCCGUUAUCUGCGACUUCGCCCCGCUUAGGUUACCACGUCAAUGGGUCGAAGAUGUGGGCAUUGCGCUUCCUAAGAGUGUGCCGCUUGUUCAAGUCGAUGCCCAUAAUGUAGUUCCACUGUGGGUGGCCUCCGAUAAGCAGGAGUACGCUGCCCGCACCAUUCGCAACAAGAUAAACUCCAAACUGGGUGAGUUUCUUACCGAAUUCCCACCUGUGGUGCGACAUCCACAUGGAACGGGCUGUAAGGACGUAAAACCUGUGGACUGGUCAGCUGCAUAUGCCAUGUUGCAAUGCGACAUGGACGUAGACGAGGUGGAGUGGGCCAAGCCGGGGUACAAGGCCGCUUGCAAGCAACUCUACGAGUUCUGCAGUCGUCGUCUGCGCCAUUUCAAUGACAAACGCAAUGAUCCUAUGGCAGACGUUUUGUCUGGACUCUCACCUUGGCUGCACUUUGGCCAGAUUUCAGCACAGCGCUGUGCUUUGGAGGUGCAGCGCUUUCGGACCCAACACAAGGCCUCGGCAGAUGCAUUUUGCGAGGAGGCUAUUGUCCGUCGGGAGUUGGCAGAUAACUUUUGCUUCUACAACGAACACUAUGAUAGCUUAAAGGGACUGAGUUCUUGGGCAUACCAAACUCUAGAUGCACAUCGCAAGGAUAAGAGAGAUCCCUGCUACAGCUUGGAAGAACUAGAAAAGUCCCUCACUUACGACGACCUGUGGAACUCGGCGCAACUGCAACUGGUGCGCGAGGGCAAGAUGCACGGCUUUCUGCGCAUGUACUGGGCAAAAAAAAUUCUCGAGUGGACUGCCACUCCUGAAGAGGCGCUGGAGUAUGCGAUAUUACUAAACGAUAAGUACAGCCUCGAUGGACGUGACCCUAACGGUUAUGUUGGGUGUAUGUGGUCUAUUGGCGGUGUGCACGACAUGGGUUGGAAGGAGCGCCCUAUUUUCGGAAAGGUCCGGUACAUGAACUAUCAGGGGUGUCGGCGAAAGUUUGAUGUAAACGCCUUCGUCAUGCGAUACGGAGGUAAGGUGCAUAAGAAAAAAUAAAAGCGAUGAAUGUCUUUGCCUUAGUUUUGAAUGCAAGCCAAGAGCAUUUAUAUAUUUAA